AUACGAGUCUAUAUAUAAAUCUCCGUCAGCCGCGUUAUUAGUAGCCGCCUAUUGCCAACAGAGUCUUUUUCAUCUUGUCUGCACAAACUCGUAAACAGGAAAAACGCUCGAUUUUUCUUUCUUUUUAUCUUACGCAUUAUCUACGUAGGCACUCUCUCGAUUUCCCGGAAAUCGUCCAAGGAAGCCGCCGCGAUCACCGACCGCGGGAAAAGGCGCGCGGUGUUUCUAGUUCGACGGCCGCACCAGGAGAUGGCCGUACUCAUUUCGGAGCAGAAGCACGGCGCGUUGUGCGAAAGAUCGCGCAAUGGCGCCCGGUCGAGAAGGACUCGCGUCUCCCGCGAGGACGAAGGCGCCUUGCGAUGAGAUUCAAAGUGGCGCGCGAUGCCUCGCCAUUUCGAAGUCGACGAAGCGGCGAGAUUUUCCAGGCUGCUCGGCGCGUGGCUGAGGCUGUCCUCUACCCAGAGAGAGAUCCGUUCUAUUAUGUCACACUGCGGGGAACGACACACUGUCGCUGUCUUCGGCGACAGGUAUAAAGGCGGGGCCGAACCCGCCUUUAUCAUUGUAUGUACAAUAUGACCUACAGCUUUCGGGGAGCGGGAGGGUUGACAAAGCCCGUUGUCGAGCCAGGGUCUCUUCGUUGCUAACAGACCUGGAUUAUAUGUAGCCGACGCGGCAACUGCUCGGCGUUUUUCGAGAGACGGUAUUUCCGUUCGCGAGCCUGAGGGAUCAACGGACUCCUUCGAAACGAAAGCCGCGAUCCGAUAUUUGUGAGGAUUUCUUUCUUCACAGUAGGCACGCGUUUGUUUCCUCGGAAGGACUUGUGGACUACGUGUGACGGCGUCCCAUGUUAGACUGUUCGCGACUACACCGACGAAUUUAACGCACCCUGAAGAUCCACGUGUCGUCGGCAGCCAGCAACGACUGCGAAAGCGGUUGCGAGGAGUUAGCGAAUUUUUUCAACGAGCAGUGAAGCCGCAAGCAGCAUGGACUCUUACUACGUGAUACCAUUUUUCCUAGCCGUCCACAUGCCCGAGUCCCUGUACGACGACGACGUGAGCCCCGAGUACACGUUUGAAGCGCGUUUCACGGCGACGACCUACGAGAAACAAUCGCAGCCCAAUGAGACAUCCUUGGAUCCUCAUUCCUCCGGAACAGCGCAGGCCAAAGAGAUCCUCAAGAGCAGGCACACCCUGACGCUGAAAAUCAAGUGUCGGACAUACACGCUAAACGCGCUGUUUUGUCACAAGUCGAGUCACAAGCAGCAGCCGAGCGAAGCGGAAACUCUAGAGUGGCUCGAGGACAACUACAGAAAGACUAUCUUCCAGGUCAGAUUUAACGACAGCGGCACGAUCGACUACGCUAUCGAGAAGUCGGACAACGAUACCGAGCAGUUCCUGUUAAACAUGUACCGCUCUAUCGGCACUCAGCUGAGCAUCGGCGCUAAAAUAGACUUUAAUCGGGAGAACAUGAUUUUCAAAACGAGGGAACGCUCCGUCAUCGGCACGUGCCCUACGGUCUUCAAGAUCAAGCGCCAGCGGACUGUCAAGAACGUGACACGCGUGCUGGAGAAGGACAUGUCGCUGUCGCUGCCCGACGAUUACGACUUGAAGGAGAACGAAGUGAUACGCGUCUUCAAAUGGAGGAACGUACCGUCUUGCUACGAGACGGUAAUUUACAUGUUCGGCAGUAUUUUCUGGAGAGAGUUCUACUCCAAGUACAUCGAGAAAAAUCCAGUGUCGUCGCAAAGUGUCAUGACACUGUCCAAGCACAAUUUUCUAUCCAAAACUCAAAACAUUUUUCACUUGUAUGACAAGCAUUUGAGGGUCGGCAGCGCUACGGAAGAUAUUGAAGUUGUUUUAAAGUCGAUAAAGUAUCGAGAAGAAUACGCGCAGAAGAUCUUGCUCCGUCCCCUCAUAGCGGGUGUGGUGGCGAAUGAGUGGCAUAAAACAUCAAAUUUUUAAGUUAUGACGAUAUAUGCGACUGUUUGUUAUUCCGGACAAUAUAUAAGAAUUUCUACUUUUACGAAUAAACUGACAAUUGCGUGACGAAA